CUGGUGAUUUUUGACAGUGACUGGCUGACCAAUUCUUGCGAUGCAAGUGUAGCUACUGCCCGUAUUUCUCUUUAAAUCUGCCCGUAACGAGGGUUUAGAGCUUUGUCGAUUCUUUCUCCCGUCGCAAGAGUUUACACCUCCUCAAGAAUCGAUCGUAGUAAAGGAGUUUUACCGCGACCUCCGCUUCUCCUUGCUUUCUCGUUCUCUUGUGAAGAUAGUCUGGAGCUCGUCUCGAGCAAAAGUGCUGACGCGAAGAGCUGUGAGAACUCAAAGUUGAAUGGUGCUUGUCGCGUAGUUUUGUUUCGAAAGCAGGGAGUGGGGAUGCGGCGUUGGGUCGUUUUCGAACUCCUCUCACCUUCUCGAGUUUUACGGCCCGAGGAGCUGUAUUGAGUUUAAUGAGUCUGGAGGUGGUUGCCUGUCACAGAUGUUGCCGUAGAGACAGUCAGUAGCGUUGCCGAGAGGAAUAUUUAUUGUUUGAGUUUCGCUUUUUACUGCAGCUUUUAUCGUGCGCGAGUUUCGUUCAGCCGAGCUGCAAAUGUGUAAACCCCGAGCUAUCAACUCGAAGUGCGGCUUCGAAAUUGACCAUGCCUGUAGAUGUUAGGGGUCACACUUCGUUCUCAACUCAAAGGUUUGAGACUUAGUAUCUCGAACAAUGAUUCAUACGGCCAACUUCGAUCAACAUGCUCGCAAAUUCUUGGACCCCGACUUGUCUAUGCAAAAUAGGCUGUUGUUGGCAACAGAAGUUCGAGACAGCAUCGAAAUUGUGCAUACUUCCGAGUAUCUGAACUUUUUGAAGAGUUACUUUAGUGUUUUCUCGCAAUUGCUCACCCAAAGCACCAAGCCACAGGUGACCGACACAUACGAACAUAAGCUUCGAAAUGUGGUCAUUGAGAUACUCAAUCGGCUGCCACACAGCGAAGUUAUUCGACCUUCUGUCCAGGAGUUGCUCAAGCUAUCUAUGCAUGUUCUGGGUUCGGACAAUGAGGAAAAUGGACUUAUUUGUCUCCGGAUCAUCUUCGACCUUCACAAGAAUUUUAGACCCGCCUUGGAGCCGGAGGUGCAGCCAUUCCUUGACUUUGUCUGCAAGAUAUAUCAAAACUUCAAGACUACAGUGAGCUAUUUUUUUGAGGAUACAGCCGCUGAUGCUCAGUUGGCGGCUUCCCAGCACAACAUGGGCUACAUGGGUCAGCAGAAGUCACCUGGCGGUGGUCCAGCUCCUGGACAGCUGAAUCCCAGUACUCGGUCAUUCAAAGUAGUCACGGAGUGCCCUCUCAUAGUUAUGUUUUUGUUUCAGCUUUAUCCUCGGUAUUUGCAGACCAACAUCCCUCUACUCCUUCCUCUGAUGGUCAACGCCAUAUCCAUUACCGGUCCUUCUCAAGUACCGACUAAUCUGAAGAAUGCUUUUGCGGAACUGAAAGGUGCUCAAGUCAAGACUGUGUCGUUUCUCACGUAUCUGCUGAAAAGCUUCGCUGAUUGUAUACGGUCCCAUGAAGAAAGCAUCUCAAAAAGUAUUGUGAAUCUCCUGGUUAGCUGCCCUGAUUCGGUCUCCAUUCGAAAGGAGCUCUUAGUGGCAACAAGACAUGUUCUUGCGACGGACUUUCGAAGGGGCUUUUUUUCCCAGAUAGACACACUUCUUGAUGAAAGAGUUCUUGUGGGGACCGGCCGGGCUUGUUACGAGACACUUCGUCCUCUUGCCUACAGCUUACUAGCCGAACUUAUUCAUCACGUCCGCCUGGACCUUUCUCUUCCUCAGCUCUCUCGCAUUGUCUACCUUUUUUCGCGCAAUGUACAUGAUUCCUCCCUCCCAUUGAGUGUGCAAACGACCUGCGUGCGCCUAAUGCUGAACCUGGUCGAGACAAUUUUCAGUCGAAGAGUUGACCAACAUAGCAAAGAAGAAGGCAGAGCAUUAUUGGGACGGAUCCUGGAUGCGUUCGUCAGCAAGUUUGGUACUCUCAAGCACAUGAUUCCCCAGUUGCUCGAGGGAGGCGAUGCUGAGGAUGGGAAGGAACGACCCAGCUUGAGGUCAAGGUUGGAGCUUCCUGUGCAGUCUGCACUUAAUCUUCCUGUGCCCCCGGAGCAUUCGAAGGAGGUCAGUGACUGUAAACAGUUGAUCAAGACUUUAAUCAUGGGAAUGAAAACCUUGGUUUGGAGCAUCACUCACUUCAAUGCCACACAAAUGCAAGUUCCUCAGGCACCUGGUGCACCCCCUCCAGGUGGUCCAAAGGGAAUGAGAGAGGACGAGGUACGACUUGCGUCUGGAAUCCUGAAAAGUGGGGUUUAUUGCCUUGCCCUUUUCAAAGAGAAGGAUGAAGAGAAGGAUAUGUUUACCCAUUACUCCUCAGUUUUUGCCGUGAUGGAGCAUCGGAACCUGAUGGACAUGUUCUCCUUGUGCAUGCCUCAUCUCUUUGAGUGUAUGCUCGGCAACCAGCAGCUGCUACAAAUAUUCUCUACGCUUCUUCAGACUCAAAAAGUGACUCGACACUUCGCCGAUGUUCUUGUAAAUUACCUUGUAAAUUAUAAACUUGAAGUUUUGAAACAACCGGACUUACCUGCAGCUAAGUUGGUGCUUCAUCUUUUUCGGUAUCUUUUCGUGGCAGUUGGGAAGUUUCCAGCAGACUGUGAACGUGUUUUGCAGCCUCAUGUGCUGACAUUGAUGGAAUGUUGCAUGAAGAAUGCAACAGAGGUUGAUAAGCCUUUGGGAUAUAUGCAACUUCUCCGUAUAAUGUUUCGGGCACUUUCUGGUGGAAAAUUUGAGCUCUUGUUCCGUGAGUUCAUCUCGACUUUGCAGUGCUGUCUGACCAUGCUGCUUAACAUGGUAGAAGGACCUACAGGCUUGGACAUGAUCGAUCUUGUGGUGGAGCUAUGUCUAACUAUGCCCGCCCGGUUGAGUUCUCUCUUACCACACCUUCCUAGGUUGAUGAAACCGCUCGUGCUGGCAUUGAAAGGUAGUGAUGAACUUAUUGGUUUGGGCUUGAGGACGCUGGAAUUUUGGAUUGAUAGUCUGAACCCCGAGUUUUUGGAGCCAAGUAUGGCCAACGUUAUGUCGGAGUUAAUCUUGACCUUGUGGUCCCAUCUGCGACCUAAGCCCUAUCCUUGGGGGGCGAAGUCGUUACAAUUGCUUGGCAAGCUGGGAGGAAGAAACCGCAGAUUCUUGAAAGAACCCUUAGCGCUUGAGUGCAAAGAAAAUCCGGAGCAUGGUCUACGGCUUAUCUUGACAUUUGAGCCCACGACAUCCUUUCUUGUACCCCUAGAUCGAUGUAUAUACUUGGCAAGGGCAGCUGUGAUGGGGACUCAAACAGGUGUGAAUGCCUUCUAUCGGAAACAUGCGUUGAAGUUCUUGCGAGUUUGUCUGUCUUCCGUGCUCAAUCUGAAAGGAAACAUAGGUAAUGAAGGCGUAACGGCUGGACAACUGAGCACCAUGUUUGUUACAUCGGUUGAUCCUUCGAGACGCAGAGCGGAGACUACGAAUAUGAAGGUGGACUUAGGGGUGAAGACCAAGACUCAACUCAUGGCCGAACGGAGUGUGUUCAAGAUUCUGUUGAUGACAGUGAUUGCAGCCAGUGCUGAAAGUGAGCUGCGGGAGCCCAAGGAUGAUUUUGUUCACAACAUAUGUCGCCACUUUGCAAUGAUAUUCCAUGUUGAUUCAUCCUCAAGUAAUCAAGCAGUGACCACCGGACAGUUAGGUGUAGGCUCGGCAGGAGGGGCGUCCGGGGCAGCAAAGGCACGAAAUCGACCUCAGGCGAACUUAAAAGAGCUUGAUCCACUUAUCUUUCUCGAUGCACUGGUUGCUGUCUUAGCUGAUGAGAAUCGAGCACACGCCAAGGCUGCCCUCAAUGGUUUGAACGUCUUUGCUGAAACUCUUCUCCUACUUGCAAGAUCUAAGCAUACAGGAGUUUUGACUCCUAGAGGUGUAAGUACACCUGGAACUCCAAUGAUGGUUUCUAGCCCUUCUAUGAACCCGGUUUAUUCUCCUCCUCCUGGUGUAAGGAUACCAGUUUUUGAACAGCUCUUACCACGUUUGUUGCACUGUUGCUAUGGAAGCACAUGGCAAUCCCAAAUGGGUGGUGUGAUGGGAUUAGGUGCAUUGGUCGGGAAGGCGCCUGUCGAUACACUAUGCGCAUUCCAGUCGAAAGCUGUCAGAGCAUUGGUUUAUGUUUUAAAGCGGCUUCCUCACCAUGCAAACAAGGAGCAGGAGGAAACUAGCCAAGUUUUAACACAGGUGCUGCGAGUAGUCAAUAAUGUAGCAGAUGAGGCAAACAAUGAGGAAAGACGUCAAAGUUUCCAGGGUGUGGUGGAGGUCCUCGCAGCUGAGCUCUUCAAUCCCAAUGCUACUGCUAUUGUUAGAAAGAAUGUUCAGUCUUGCUUGGCCCUGUUGGCAAGUAGGACAGGUAGUGAGGUUUCCGAAUUGCUGGAGCCACUUCAUCCGCCGCUGCUACAACCACUUCUAAUCAGACCUCUUAGAAGCAAGCAUGCAGAGCAACAGGUUGGAACUGUAUUGGCACUGAAUUUUUGCUUGGCAUUACGACCACCUCUACUGAAGAUGACUCCAGAGCUCAUAAGUCUUCUACAAGAAGCUUUACAAAUAGCAGAAGCAGAUGAAUCCAUGCUAAAUGGGAAGUUCAUGAAUCCAAAAAUGGCUGUCACCUUAAACAGGUUGAGAACAGUUUGUAUCGAGCUUCUCUGCACAGCCAUGGCUUGGGCUGAUUUCAAGACCCAAAAUCAUUCCGAUCUGCGGUCUCGAAUUAUUGCAAUGUUUUUCAAGUCUCUAACAUGUCGCACUCCUGAGAUAGUUGCUGUCGCUAAAGAAGGGCUGCGCCAGGUCAUUCAGCAACAAAAGAUGCCCAAAGAGCUUUUACAGAGCAGUUUGAGGCCAAUUCUUGUUAACUUAGCACAUUACAAGAAUUUGACAAUGCCGCUUCUCCAAGGGCUAGCUCGGCUUCUUGAACUUCUAUCCAAUUGGUUCAAUGUGACGUUGGGAGAGAAGCUUAUGGAGCACUUGAAGAAGUGGCUGGAGCCAGAUAAAUUGGCGGCUUCUCAAAAGUCUUGGAAGCAGGGGGAAGAACCAAAGAUCGCAGCAGCUAUUAUAGAGCUAUUUCACCUUCUACCUUCCGCUGCUUCGAGGUUCUUGGAUCCUCUCGUAGCCCUUACGAUUAAGCUGGAGGAAGCACUUCCACAGGGGCAGGUGUACAGUGAGUUAAAUAGUCCAUAUAGGGUCCCUCUUGCUAAGUUCUUGAACAGAUACUCGACCGAGGCGGUUGAUUAUUUCCUGGCUCGACUAACUCAACCACCAUAUUUUCGAAGAUUCAUGGACAUAAUCAGAUCCGAGAUAGGACAACCGCUUCGUGAGGAGCUUUCAAGGUCCUCACAGAAGAUCAUAGCUUCUGCUUUUUCACAUGGCCAGGCUGCGCCAUCAGCCGAAGAAGCAGCUGCAGCCAUGGGGAUGCCUACAGCCCCUACGUCAUCAGGAACCGUUAAUGCUGUUGGCAGCAAAGGCUUUAUGGGAAUGUCUACAGCUAGUGGAACCGCAGCUCAAACUCCUGAAGUCCAGUUUCAAGGGGUUGCACUUCUCUCUGCCUUGGUGAAGCUGAUGCCCGAUUGGCUUAGGACCCAGCGAACUGUUUUCGAUGCUCUUGUUCGAAUUUGGCAGUCUCCUUCCAGGCAAACCCGCCUCCGAAAUGAACAGGGUCUAUCCUUGAAUCAGGUUAAGGAAAGUAAGCGACUUGUGAAGUGUUUUUUGAACUACUUGAGACAUGACAAGAACGAGGUUGAUGUCCUUUUUGAUAUGUUAUCAAUAUUUCUUGUACGGACGCGUAUAGACUACACGUUCUUGAAAGAGUUCUUCAUGGUCGAGGUGGCUGAAGGUUACACCCCUCAGGAGAAAAAAGCGGUGUUGUUCCGCUUUUUGAACCUUUUCCAGAUGAAAACAUUACCCCAGGACCUACUAGUCGUUGCGAUGCAGAUGCUGAUUCUUCCAAUGCUGACCCAUGCGUUUCAAAACAACCAAAGCUGGGAUGUUGUUGAUUCUGCUAUAAUCAAGACCAUCGUUGAGAAGCUGCUUGACCCACCGGAAGAGGUCAGUGCUGAGUACGACGAGCCUUUACGAAUUGAACUUUUACAGCUGGCAACCUUGCUUCUUAAGUUCUUGCCGAAUGACUUGGUCCAUCAUCGGAAGGAGCUCAUUAAGUUUGGAUGGAAUCAUCUGAAGCGGGAGGAGAGUGCCAGCAAGCAGUGGGCUUUUGUCAAUGUCUGCCAUUUCCUAGAAGCGUAUCAGGCUCCAGAGAAGAUCAUACUCCAGGUUUUUGUGGCACUACUACGCACUUGUCAGCCAGAGAACAGGGUACUUGUCAAACAGGCUCUCGAUAUCCUGAUGCCAGCUUUACCCAGAAGAUUGCCAUUGGGUGAAUACAAGAUACCCAUAUGGAUUCGCUACACCAAGAAGAUACUGGUCGAAGAAGGACAUUCAGUGCCGAAUUUGAUUCACAUUUUCCAGUUACUUGUGCGUCAUUCUGAUCUUUUUUAUGCCUGCCGGGCUCAAUUUGUACCACAAAUGGUAAAUUCUCUAAGCCGCCUGGGGUUACCUCAGAACAGUCCUAAUGAGAAUCGACGGUUGGCAAUUGACCUUGCUGGUUUAGUUGUUGCUUGGGAAAAGAGACGCCAAGCCGAGUACAAAGGGCCAGCAGAAGGUGAAGGAGGUCAGUCUACCGGAGGAGGUGGAGGGGGAGCGGGAGGAGGAGCAGGAGGUACUAGUGGGGUUGGAGGUGAAGUUCCAUGUCUAAGUGGGUUGACAGAAGUUACCGUUGGAGUUAAACGCCCAUCUGAUUUGGCUGGUCUUUCUGUUUCAUCUGAAGAUUUGACUAAGAGAGUAAAAUCAGAAGGCGGACUUCCUUCUUUAGCGAGUAUGUCUCCCAAUCUUGCUACUGGGGCUGCUGGCCAGAUUCCGAAUGUGGGUACACCUGGUUCAGUUGGCCAGCCCGAUGAAGAGUUCAAGCCAAAUGCGGCAAUGGAAGAAAUGAUUAUCAACUUCCUCAUAAGGGUGGCUUUAGUUACUGAGACAAAAGACAAGGAGAUGACAGCUAUGUAUAGACAGGCACUGAAUCUCCUAUCUCAAGCUUUGGAGGUCUGGCCGAAAGCCAAUAUCAAGUUCAAUCAUCUGGAGAAGCUACUCAGUAGUCUGACUCCAGGGGCUCAAAAUAAGGAUCCUUCGUCAGCUCUUGCUCAAGGCCUGGAAGUUAUGAACAAAGUGUUAGAGAAGCAGCCGCAUCUUUUUAUCCGCAACAAUGUGCAGCACAUUAUUCAAGUCCUGGAGCCAUCCUUUAACACGAAGUCGACAGCACAGCCUUCUACGCAGACUCAAGAGCCGGUAUUCAACAGCAAAGUUCCGGAUAUCGGGAAGUCGUUGUGCUUGUUGCUUAAGAUGGUGUUUGACGCCUAUCCAGUGGAUCCAGCACCUCCACCGGAUGUAAAGCCGUCACAUUCGAAUAACACUACAGAGGUGAAAUUGUCACAGCAAACAGUAACGCCGGAGAUCAGACAACUUCAUGCAAAAGUUGAGGAGCUGAUUUUGAAGAACUUGGGAGCUGUAGUUGCUACACAGCCGGCUGUUGAAAGUCGUGCUGCUAGCUCGAUUAUCUCUUUCACCUUGUCCAUCGUGGAGACACUCACUGAGAACAACAAAUCUUAUAUAGAUAGAUACAUGAUGCCUCUGAUUCGUGUAAUACAAAGACUAGCCAGGGAGAUGGUAACAAUCUCCGGUGCUGUUGCGCGACAGGGUUCUCGGUCAGAUCAGGAAGCAGCAAAUCCAUCAGCUCGUGUGGUGACUGAUAUUAGUGUCGUUACGGUCAACUUGAAGGCCUUACUGAAGGUCAUGAGUAGCCGAGUGCUACUGCUGGCUGACUGCAAGAAGCUCUUUGCGCAGCAGAUUCAAACGAUUCUGGCUGAGAAAGGAACAGAUGCAAGCGUACUUUUAACUGUUCUUGAUAUAGUCAAAGACUGGGUAGAAAACGACUUUAAGGGGUCUGGAACUGGGGCCAAUACCGGGGUUUUGACCAACAAGGAUGUUGUUACAUUCCUACAGCGUCUUGCUCAAGUAGACCGCCAAAGCAUGUCCGCCCCAUUGGUGGAAGAAUGGGAAAGCAAAUACUUGAAGCUGCUACACCGCCUCUGCUCCGAUACAAAUAAAUAUUCUUUGACCGUUAGACAGGAGAUUUUCCAGAAGGUGGAAAGACAGUUCAUGUUGGGAUUACGUGCUAGAGACCCAGAAAUGCGGCACAAAUUUUUUACUCUUUACCAUGACUCCAUCGCAAAAACUCUUUUCACAAGAUUACAGUACAUCAUUCAAACCCAGGACUGGGAGGCUUUGAGUGAUGUGUUUUGGUUGAAACAAGGUUUAGAUUUAAUUCUGGCCAUUCUUGUAGAGCACGAGUCUAUAACUUUAGCUCCAAAUUCAGCACAAGUACCCCCCUUAAUGGCUUCAGGAGGUGUGCCUGAGCGAUCCGGCAUGCAACAACAGAACUCCGAGGCAAUAGAGGAACCUGAUGGAGCCCCACCAACCUUCAUUGGAGUGGUCAACAAGCAUGCAAGGUUCUUGAACGAGUUUAGCAAGCUACAGGUUGCUGAUUUGGUUCUACCUUUGCGAGAGCUUGCUCAUACAGACGCCCAUGUUGCUUAUCACAUGUGGGUCCUCGUUUUCCCAAUCGUUUGGGCCACCUUGCAGAAAGAGGAGCAAGUUAUGCUAGCUAAGCCCAUGAUUUCUCUUCUUUCCAAGGAGUAUCACAGUAAACAGCUUGACAAGAGACCUAAUGUGGUCCAGGCUCUUUUAGAAGGAUUGUCUUUGAGCCAACCUCAGCCCAAGAUUCCGAGCGAACUUAUCAAAUUCCUUGGCAAGACUUACAACGCAUGGCACAUAGCCAUUUCCUUACUAGAAAGUCAUGUUCUACUGUUUCCUCUGGAGACUCGCUGCUUUGAUGCUCUAGCGGAACUUUAUCGUAUGUUAAACGAAGAUGACGUGCGGUACGGCUUGUGGAAAAGACGUGUCAUUACACCUGACACAAGAGCGGGGCUGUCCUUAGUACAACAUGGAUUCUGGCAGCGUGCUCAGGACAUCUUUUAUCAGGCAAUGAACAAAGCUACUCUGGGAGCUUAUAACAAUGCGUCUACAUCUAAAGCAGAGAUGUGUCUUUGGGAAGAGCAGUGGAUUGCAUGUGCACGCCGCCUAAAUCAGUGGGAACCUCUUGUAGAGUUUGCCAGAAAUGUCGACAACUAUGAGAUCCAAUUGGACUGUCUUUGGAAAAUCCCCGACUGGGUAUCACUGAAGGAUACGGUCUUACCUAAAGCUCAAGUUGAAGAAUCACCAAAACAUAGAAUGGUACAAGCUUACGUGUUCUUCAACGAGGCCACAAUGACAGGAGUAAAUAUGGCCAGUGUUAAUGAAGCCGAUCAAAGAAUUAGCCAAGGGGUGGAACUUGCCCUAUACCAGUGGUGGCAGCUGCCAGAGAUGGCUGUUCAGUCCCACAUACCUCUUCUUCAGCAGUUUCAGCAGCUUGUAGAACUUCAAGAAUCUGCCAGGGUUUUGCUUGAAAUAGCCAACGGUAACAAGCAGCAGCAACCAGGGCCGUCACAAAUCGCCCAAGUUCAAGGUCCUGGGGGUGCUUAUGUUGACCUCAAAGAUAUUCUUGAAACUUGGAGGUUGCGGACUCCGAAUGAGUGGGACGAGCUCACCGUUUGGAACGACCUUCUCCUAUGGCGUAACCAUAUGUACAAUACUGUCAUCACUGCCUUUACAAAUCUCUCUGAUACGAAUCCUCAGCUUCAUCAACUGGGAUUCCGAGACAAGGCAUGGAGUGUGAACAAACUAGCUAGCGUUGCUCGUAAGCAAGGUCUGUACGAAGUUUGUGUGAAUGUUCUCAACAAAAUGUACGGAUACAUGACAAUGGAAGUGCUCGAGGCUUUCGUUAAAAUAAGAGAGCAAGCCAAGGCAUAUUUGCAAAUGAAGGGUGAGCUCGUUAGUGGAAUUAACCUGAUCAAUUCAACUAAUCUGGAAUAUUUUCCAGUUCAACAUAAAGCAGAGAUUUUCCGGCUCAAGGGAGAGUUCUUGAAUAGACUGAACGACAGCGAGAAUGCCAAUCAGGCAUUUUCAAUGGCUAUAUCGCUUUUCAAGUUUCUUGCGAAAGGCUGGAUCAGUUGGGGGAACCACUGUGAUCAGGUCUACAAGGAAUCAUCGGAGGAACUGUGGCUAGAGUAUGCUGUAAGUUGUUUGUUGCAAGGUAUCAAAUAUGGAAGCAAGCAUGGGAGAAGCCAUUUAGCAAGAGUACUAUAUCUUCUCAGCUUUGACAACCAGACCGGAGCAGUUGGGAAAGCCUUCGACAAGUAUGGGGAUCAUAUACCGCUCUGGGUUUGGCUGAUGUGGAUUCCGCAGCUUCUGCUAUCAUUGCAAAGACCUGAGGCAGCAAGUUGCAAGAAUGUACUGCUUAAGUUGGCGGCUCAUUUUCCUCAGGCCUUGUAUUACUGGUUGCGAACGUAUCUAUUGGAGCGAAGAGAUAUAGCAACUAAGGCCGAAUUGGCAAGAGGAGCAGCAGCAGCAACACAAGCUCGUGUUCAAGCUCUGGGAGCACCACCUUCUGGAGCUUCACAGGCAGCUCCGGCUGAUAGUGGCAACAACCCGUCUGCGGGCACUGCUCCUGCAGGUGCCGCAGAUCCAGGACCAAAUAAUCAAGGAAACAAUCAGUCAUCACAACCUGGGAAUGUAUCUCAAGCGGCAACAGACAACUCUGCUAACGCCAAUCCUUCUCAAGAAUCUGAAAGAGGCUCAAGUGGAGGAGAUGCUAGUGGUGGUACCAAUGAGCCGAAUCAAACAUCUGCAGGAGAGUCGCAAACCUCCGUUCGAAGACCCUCGGGUUCCAACUGGGCAGGUCCCUCACCAGCUGUGACUGCUUUUGAAGCUGCAAAGGAUAUUAUGGAAGCCUUGAGAACCAAGCAUACGAAUCUCGCUACUGAACUUGAGGUUAUGCUCACAGAGAUUGGCGCUCGAUUUGUUCCACUACCGGAAGAACGACUCCUUGCUGUUGUUCAUGCGCUAUUGCAUCGGUGUUAUAAAUAUCCAACAGCCACUACAGCUGAGGUUCCACAAUCUCUGAAGAAAGAACUUUCGGGAGUUUGCAGAGCUUGCUUUUCAACAGAUACUAUCAACAAGCACGUUGAGUUUGUGAAUGAGUAUAAGCGAGACUUCGAGCGAGACCUUGAUCCGGAGAGUACUGGAACCUUUCCGGCCACUUUGGCAGAGCUGACAGAUCGGCUCAAACACUGGAAAGGAGUACUUCAGAGUAAUGUGGAGGACAGGCUGCCCGCAGUUUUAAAGCUAGAGGAGGAAAGUCGACAGUUGCGGGAGUUUCACGUUCUAGACAUUGAAGUGCCUGGUCAAUAUUUCAACGAUGAGGAAGUAGCCCCAGAUCAUACAGUGAAGUUGGACCGCAUCGGAGCAGAUGUACCCAUAGUUCGACGUCAUGGUAGUAGCCAUCGACGGUUGACAAUGGUUGGUAGUGAUGGGUCACAACGUCACUUUUUAGUCCAAACCUCUUUGACUCCUAGUGCAAGGAGUGAUGAGCGUAUGGUGCAACUAUUUAGAGUGCUUAAUCGACUACUUGAGAAACAUAAAGAGUCACGACAUCGGCAUCUAGCGUUCAACACUCCCAUUAUCAUUCCUGUGUGGCCACAGGUGAGGUUGGUAGAGGAUGAUUUGAUGUACAGCACUUUUGGCGAAGUGUAUGAAAUAAAUUGCGCAAGGUACGGGCGAGAAGCUGACUUGCCGAUCACUCACUUCAAGGAGCGUUUAAAUCAGGCCAUUACGCAACAGCUUACGAAUGAUGCUGUUGUGGAGUUACGACUACAUACGUACAACGAGAUUACCACUAACUUUGUCAGUGAAAAUGUGUUCUCUCAAUAUAUGUAUAAAACUUUGCCUACCUGCAAUCAUCUCUGGACCUUUAAGAAACAGUUUGCAGUCCAAUUGGCCCUUUCCGGUUUCAUGUCCUAUAUGCUACAGAUUGGUGGAAGAUCGCCCAACAAAAUAUUGUUCGCAAGAAACACUGGCAAAGUGUUUCAAAAUGACUUCCAUCCUGCUUAUGAUGCGAAUGGCGUUGUGGAGUUCUCCGAGCCGGUCCCUUUCCGUUUGACGCGUAAUCUGCAGACUUUUUUUACCCCAUUCGGUGUAGAAGGAUUUUUUGUUUCGUCAAUGUGUGCAGCUGCACAAGCGGUUGUAUCUUCUAAGAACCAGCAUAUGGAGCACCAACUGUCUAUGUUUUUUAGAGAUGAGCUCAUAUCUUGGUCUUGGCGACGACCACCCGGUAUGGCAUCUGCACCCACUACUCCGGGUGGUAUCAGUUCAUCUGAACUCAAACAGAAAGUUACUGCUAAUGUGGAGCAAGUCAUGGUCCGGGUUAAGGCAAUCGCUCCUCAAUGCUUUCCAGAAGAGGAGGAAAAUUCUUCAGAACCGCCGCAGUCAGUUCAGCGGGGAGUGACAGAACUGGUUGAGGCCGCUUUGCGACCUAAGAGCCUGUGCAUGAUGGAUCCUACUUGGCAUCCAUGGUUCUAAACUUGUGUUGCCGUGAUGGUGGCGAUGGUACCGAUAGGAUCCCACACCGUUAAAAUUAGCAACCUGAGAUCUGGCUUCAUGGUAUAUAUCAUGCGUCAAAAUUUUGUUCAGCUUUCAUGGGAAGGUCCUACACCUCAACUGCAAGACUUCCACCUCUGUAUUUACAAGGUGACGUUCAUGUUAGUAGAUCUGUAGGUUACGAAGAUAGAGAUAGGACAGAGGUUCUGAUCUAUAUUUCAGAUCCAUUGGAGGUUUGAUUUAUUUGUUCAGAGCCACCAGUUAGUAACGCAGACACAUCCACUCUUUGUUAAGGAUAGGGAAUAUAGAUAAGGCUUGUGUCUGGUUGUACACUUAGCACUACAUGGUAGCAUUGAAGGUAGAAUCUCGGGGUCAGUAGUAGUGGUAGAGAACAAAUGGACCCCGUUGUGAAAAUCUGUCUUCCGUUCAGUAAAAGCGGAUUGCUUGUAAGCUU